AAACGAAACGGAAGUGAAAGCGGGCUGUUGACGUAGCUUGAAUAUAGCCGCAAAUACCAAAGUCCAUGAUCUAGACGAGCUUUAUAAGAAAGUCUCCGCAAAUUUUGUGGUUACUAUUUUCUAAACUUUAUUUGAACAAUGGAUACUCUUUAUCAUCAAACCAACAGGCAAAUCCAUGAAGUUCAGUCCCAGAUGGGGCGACUGGAGGUGACUGAUCGCCAGUCAGUCCACUUGCUGGAGAAUGACUUGCAGGCGCGCGUCGAUCAGAUCUUCAGCCAGCUGGAACGCCUGGAGAUUCUAGCCAGCAAGGAGCCGCCCAGCCGCAGACAAAAUGCCAAAAUACGUGUGGACCAGCUGAAGUAUGAGGUGCAGCAUACGCAGAGGGCUCUGGAGAACUUCCAGCACAGACGCUACGCCCGCGAGGCCCAGGAGAGGGAGCGGGAGGAACUGAUGAACAGGAAAUACACCACCAACGAUGCAGACACGUCCAUCCCCAUAGACGAGACCCUUCAGCACAACACCAACCUGCACAACGCCCAUAAAGGCAUGGAUGACCUCAUUGGCAACGGCUACGGCAUCCUCGAAGGAUUGAAGGAGCAGCGUCACACACUCAAGGGCGCCCAUAAGAAGAUGAUCGAUGUGGCCAAUAUGCUGGGCCUGUCCAACACGGUGAUCCGGCUGAUUGAGAAGAGGGCGUCCCAGGACAAGUUCAUCAUGGUGGGAGGCAUGCUGCUCACCUGCGUCGUCAUGUUCCUGGUCAUCAAGUAUCUGGUCUGACCUCCUGACCCUUUGACCUUGAUGACAUUUGAUUGACCUUGAUUGGUUCUGACUGAUUGACUAACUGACCGACCGACAAACCAACCAAGGAACUAAGCACGAGUGAGUGUUUGUUUGUGUUUUAGGUAGUUGGUCGGUCGUGUCCCCAGGCCCCUGGUUAAAUGACCCGUAUCCUCUUUCAGAACCCAGAACAUGGAUUUCAACCUGUGGUUCAUUUGAGAGGGUAAAAAGAAAAUCUCCAAGCUACCACAUGAGCAGACGGUGGGAUUUUACAACAUUUGCUCUUAUUUUCAUCUAAUUUUCUCACCUGUUUUUUUUUUUCCUUAUCUCUGCCUCCACUGAUUUGUUUUUAACCUAAAUAGGAUAAAAGGCAGAGAUGCAUAAAUGGCCAGAAGUUCAGAAGUGCCCCCCCUGACAAACUGUGCGAGCACGAGCUGCCAAAUAUAGUAUAUGGUUACAUAUCAUGUUGUAAAUAGUAAACAGAACCCACCCCCCCAUACACACACACACACACACACACUCCACACAAAGCUGCCUCUCCUCACAUGGGCUGAGCCACCUGUCAUUCCUGUGAUGAAUGCCACAGGGACCGUCAAUUAAAAACAAUAAAACAUCCCAGAGUCUUAACUAAGGACCACACAACUCACCCUUUCAGCGUGUGCUACUAUCAGAACAUGUUCCGGUGUCAAUUAUACUGGACUUCUUUCUCUCUUGACUUGGGGUUCAUGAGGACUUAAGAGGGGGGAGGGGGUGUUUGUUGCCUUCAGGGGUGUAAGCUCCAUUCACCUGCUCUGCUGUCUGUGAUUGGCUGUCUGUGGCUCUGCUCCAUCCUCAAGGGGUCAUCUGUUCUGUUUAUAAUAAACAGUGGUCUGGCCAGCUCCACAAUGACUUUUAGUCAGACAGGGGAAGGAACAAUUUUGUGUGCAUGUUGGUGGUUGUGAUGGUGGGGGAAAGGACCUCAUGUUGGAAUUGAACCUCGGUCCCUGGAUGUAUGGUACGGCGCCUCACCUCCCCAAAAAUCUUUUGUUUUAUCUAACACCCACAAACAGUGACAAGAUUAUUAAAGGCCAUCAUUAAAGGACAACAUUGAUCACA